AUGUAUUUAAUAAAAUUACUUUUUUUAUUAAUAUUUUUAUUUGGAAAUGCAUCUAGCUAUUCAAUUUCAUUAUUAAAUGUUAUAGGAACUACUAUAUAUGCUAGUAAUUAUGGUUGUCGAUUUCUAAUAUAUUUACAUGUUAGUGAUUAUAGUGACGAGGGUACUCAAAAUUUAACAGCAAGCGCUCCAUUUUCAAUAGAAUGCCAAGAAGUUGGAAAUAAAAAUAGUUAUUGUUUAAUAGAGGAAAUCAAUACUAUUUAUCAAGGUUCAGGUACUAUUAAUAUAACUGAUGAAGCUGAAACUGUAUUUCAAAUUCCAUAUAAAUGUUUAGAAUUUGAUGUUAAUAAAAUUAAUGUAACUUUGGUAAAUGGAAUUUAUAGAACUUCUAUCGCUUCUGAAUAUGAAGGUAUUUUAAGAUUAGAUGGUUUGGAUGAAAAUUCAGAAAAAUCUGACAUCAUUAAUAAUCCAUACUGUUCUUAUCUUAGUUGUUCUUUGAAACAAAUCUCAAUUGGAUCAAAAUAUUUUAGAUUGAAACUCAAAAACUUUCCCUAUACAGAAAAUUUAACAGCUCCUUUGGAAAUUGAAAUUCAAUAUAAAAAUAGUGAUGAAUAUUUUCCAUACACAAUUUCAGAUCACUUGUUUAAAUCUAAAUCAGAUAAUAUAACAGAUUUUGUAACCUAUCCUUCAAAUCUUGUAGGUGUCCCUUUAGGUGGUUUAAAUUUGGGAAGUUCCUUCUCUUUUAAAUCCAUUUAUCUUCCAAUGCAAAGUGUUUAUGAAAUUGAAAUUGAAGGUUUUACAUCCCCGAAUGCAUUAUAUCCAAUUUAUGGGACAAAUGAUUCAACAACAUAUCUAUACCAUUUACCAGAUACUGGAGAUCGUUCUUUUGUCAUUUAUUAUCAAAAUGAAACUGGUUUUGCUAGAAAUAAUAAUUUUUAUUCCUAUAAUGGCAAGUAA